CCCACCAGGAACCUCAACCCACGACGUCCUCGGAAGUCUCGGAGCCUUUGACCUCCCACUAUGCCCCUCCAGCACAGCACUCCUCUCCUCCUCCGGUAACGAAUUCACCGCAUUCAAAAAUUUUUCUUCACGCCGGAGUUCCUCUACAAAGCGCACGCGGAAGUGGUCGUCGACGAGUUUCGCUGGUUGUUGAUGUUGUUGGAGCUGGUGCUGGAAUUGGUGUAUGUAGGUUGUUGAUUUUAGGCGGCGGUGGUCUCGUUCGUGGUUGUUGAGGCGGUUGGUGGUGAUGUUAGCUGUGGUGCUGGGGUAUGGGAUUUGUUUUGGACGUGUUUUGGGGUUGUUGGGUUUGGUGGUGGUAGUGGUGGCAGUGGUAGGGGUUGGUUUUUGUUGGGUGAGGAGGAGUUUGAGGUUGGAGACGAGGUUGGGUGGGAGGUUUUUGAGAUUGGGGUCUGGUAAUCAUGUUAGAAGAUGGAAGAUGAAGAUCGUGGUGUUAGAGGUCGUACCGUCUGGCGGUUGCGGUUCAUUAGGGCUUUCUGUGCCCUCGUCCUGCUUGCUUUCCUGGUUCUCCUGAUCAGGAGGAACAGGAGAUUCCGAAUCCGAGGACUCUUUUUGUGUCGUCUUUUCGCAAUCUUUUACCUCUUCCUCAUCAGCCGUGGUAGCCGGCUUCUGCCCCUUCAAGUCAUCAUCAUCAUUCCGGCUAAAACCAACAGUUGUUUUCGUGUUCGUGUUCGUGGUCGUGCAUGUGCUUGUAUUGGUAUAUGUACUUGCAUUCCCCUGUGCAAAACAAUCACCCUUCACCUCAUAUCUCGUAACAGCAGUCUGCGAGGUCUUGCGCCGCCCAAGAACGGGUCUGCGCUUGCUUGUUUUGCUCGCGACGAAAUGCGGCCUUUUCUGAGGUUGGUACUGGCCUCUGGUAGUCGCGACAGUCGUGUUGGUGGUGGUAGUAUUAGUAUCAGUAGCAAUAUUAUCAUCAGUUGUUGUGGUUGUUGCUGUAGUACUAUUUUGAUCUUCCUUCGAAACAGCGGCAAACGGCGGAGGAGAGAUUGGUGUCAACGGGUUAGAUGGCUUGCGGGUGACAUGCUGGCCACCAAUGCCGGUGAGAAGUAACCGUGCUUUUUUCUGAGAAGAUUCGUUGCCGUUUACUGAUUUUGGCUUUUUGAGAAUAGGUGGGAGUGAAUUGCGGGUAUUUGUAUUUUCAUUUGGAAUUGGAUCUGAAUUCGACCUCGAAUUGUGAUUUCUGGAUA